UGGGCACCCCCAGGGCACCAUGGCAGCACCCCAAGGCCAUGGCAGGCCAGCUCCUGCCCCCCAGCACCAGCCAGGCUCUGGGCACAGAGGAUGUCUCCCACUCGCCGCCGUGGGUGCCCCCACAGCACAUGGCACAGAAGGUGCCCAUCAUCCGCCACCGCGGCUCCAACACGCUCAACUUCGACUUCCGUGACAGCCGUGGCACAGCCCAGCCUGCCCCGGGGGCACCCAGGAUCCCAGGUACCCACCCCGAGCACCCCCGAGGGGCACGCGUGGGCACUCCCGAGGGCUCACCCUCACCCACCUUGUCCCCAGUUAGGGAGUGGUACCAGACCUGGCCAGCCAAGGAGGCGAAGGUCCCCAGCACCCUGGCACCCCCCGGCCCCACGCCCACCCCCGGGGCCGUGCCAGCCUGUCCCCGCCCGCCAGGCUGCUCUGCCACCUGGACCAGGGACGGCAGGCGCCGGGAGAGGCGCUGGGUGAAGUACGAUGGCAUCGGGCCCGUGGACGAGACAGGGAUGCCCAUCGCCUCGCGCUCCAGCGUGGACCAGCCCCGGGACUGGUACCGCAGCAUGUUCCGGCAGAUCCACCGCAAGCUGCCUGAGCCAGACUGGGAUGCCCAGCGCUGCCCCGUGGGCAAAGGCAGCUCCUCGGCCCCCAUGGUGCCCCCAGACUCACGCAGGAAGGAGAUGGUGCCCACUGAUACCCACGGCGUGCCCAACGGGCUGGACUGGACCCCCUGGGGUGCCACUGGUGCCACCACGGAGCCUGGCAGCAUUUUUGACUAUGAACCAGGGAGACCCUCGGUGCUGGAGCAGCUCCGGAGCUCCCCGCAGCAGCCCCUGGCAGCAGUGCCACCAGCACGGGCUCAGUCCAUCGAGGUGCUGCUGGAGCAGGAGCUGGAGCAGCUCAGCGAGGAGCUGGACAAUGACAUGAGAGCCAUGGAGACGAGACGGCGCCCAGGCCAGGACUCCUCUCGCUCCCCCGCUCCGGCCCCCGCCCGGAGCCCACUGUCACCCCACUGGCUGCAGACCCCCCCUGGCACCCAGCACCCACCUGCCAGCCCCAGCAUGGAGCGAGGUGGCCUGGGGCUGGCUGCUGACUGGAGCCGUAUGGCCCCCAGCAGAGACACCCUCAGGCCAGAGACCCUCCCCAGCCUGCCUGCCUUGGGGGACCCCACGGAGGCUGUCAGGAGGGAGGAGAAGAAGAGGAGAGCUGCUCGCCUCAAGUUCGACUUCCAAGCUGAGUCACCCAAGGAGCUGACCCUGCAGAAGGGAGACAUCGUCUACAUCCACAAGGAGGUGGACAGGAACUGGCUGGAGGGCGAGCACCACGGCCGGGUGGGCAUCUUCCCCUCCAACUACGUGGAGAUCCUGCCCCCCACCGAGGUGCCCAAGCCCAUCAAGGCGCCCAGCAUCCAGGUGCUGGAGUAUGGCGAGGCUCUGGCGCUGUACAACUUCCGAGGGGAGCUGCCGGUGGAGCUCUCCUUCCGCAAGGGUGAGCAGGUCUGCCUGGUGCGGAGGGUGGACGAGAACUGGUACGAGGGGCGCAUCUCGGGCACCAGCCGCCAGGGCAUCUUCCCUGCCACCUACGUGCAGGUGCAGAAGGAGCCGCGCGUGAAAGCCAGCGCCGAGGACUUCGCAUCCUCCCCCUCCUCCUCCUCCUCCAGCCCUCGGCUCACAGCCAGGUCCCCCUCCCUGCAGCGCUCUCCCGGCCCCCAGGGCUCCCCCCUUGCCGCUGGCUCCCCGAGGCUGGCAGAGCAGGGUCCUGGUGAGGCCAGGCUGUGCCCAUCCUCCCCCCACCAGCUCGGCUUCUCCUUCUCCCACUCGCCAAAGCUACCCCACGCGGGCACCCCUCGCCCCUCGCCAGCCCCCGCUGGCCCCCUGCAGCCUCCCACCGCCCACCCCCAGGAGCCUUGGAGCCCCAAGCAGUGCCCAGCCCUGGGGGCACCUCCUGGCACCCGCCCCGAGCCUGCCCCAUCCUACAACGGCUCCGAAAUCCGAUGGACGCCGUACCGGGCACUGUACCAGUACCAGCCCCAGAACGCUGACGAGCUGGAGCUGCUGGAGGGGGACCGAGUGGAUGUGAUGCAGCAGUGUGACGAUGGCUGGUUCGUGGGCGUGUCCAGGAGGACGCAGAAGUUUGGCACCUUCCCUGGCAACUACGUGGCACCGGUGUGACCCACGGAGAAGAGGAGCCCCCGGUGGGAGAUGGGGGUGUGUGUGUGUGGGGGAUUGUCCCCACCGUGCCACCUCGGCCACCCCUACAGCCCCACCGUGGCCCCUCUGCCUGGCCCCUUCCGUGGGCACAAAGUGCCUCCAGCUCCCUCCUGCCCCUAUGGGGCUGCUUCUAACAGGGACCAAUCCCCUCCACCACCUCAAGGCCUUAACCUGACCCCCCCCCCGCCCUCCCCCACCCCUCUCUCCACUGCUGCCUGAUCCUUUCUCACCCACUCUGGCCGGUGCCAGGCCUGGCCAUGACGGUGGUGACCCUGAGCCGUGGCUCUGGUGCCAUGCCACAUGCCCAGGCAGUUGUGGAUGCUUCUUGUGGCACCAUUAAAGCUCAAGCUCAGCCCCAGUCUGGUGGUGCUGGGUGGGAUGGUG